AUGUACAAGGUCACAGCAGAAGACAUCUCACUCGACGUGACCAAGGAGCAGGUCAAGCAGUUCUUUGCCUUCUGCGGCCGCAUCGAGGAUAUUGAAAUCACAAAGGGCGCCAACCACCAAACUGCCAUUGUCACGUUCGAGCGUGCCAGUGCCGCCAAGACUGCACUGCUCCUCCAGCAUGCCCAGCUCGGCCUGAACCAGAUCAAAGUCUCAACAGAUGACCACAACCUGGACGACAGGGACUUGGCCGCACACGAGGAAGGCAGUGAUGUUCCCCAGGAGCACAAGCCCCGUACAGCCAUCCUUGCUGAAGUUCUCUCGCACGGCUAUGUCCUCGGUGACACGGCCAUUCAAAAGUCCAUCGACUUUGAUAAACAAAAUGGCAUUUCAGCAACCUUCAAGACGUACCUGUCGUCACUCCAGGAGAAGGCCUCGCAGCUUGACUCGCAAUUCAAGGUCACUGAUAAGGCAAAGCAGGUCGAUGACAAGUUUGGCAUCACCGACAAGACGAAAUCGCAAGCAACGGGCAUUCAAGCGACGUUGCAGCGAUACUUUGAUUCACUCACACAACACCCUGUUGCUGCAAAAGUACUCUCUUUCUACUCUGAGGGUGUGUCGUCUGCACAGGAUAUCCACAAUGAAGCCAGGCGAUUGGCAAAUUUGAGGCAAGGCAAUGAGGAAGGCAGUGGUGUCGCUGCCAAAGCUGGUGAGGUGAUUCACGAGUCUAGAGAGAAGGCCGCUGAUGCAGCUGCUGCCCAUGUCCCUGAGGAGAAGGUGCCUAAACUCGGCUCGACUGCCUAG